AUGUAUACAUCUAGAAGCACUAAUGAAUGGAUCUUCGGUGGGCUGAUGGCUACCCAGGCAAUCUUAAUUCUCGCCAUUGAAAUCUUUAUCCUUGUGGAAUGGCAACUAUGGAUGCGCCCGCAGGCCAUUCAAAUUACCCCUUCCUAUAUCGUCCCUAUCAACGCAGGAAUCAUUUGGUUUGCCUGCGUCUAUGAAUUCUUACUCUCUGUCGACGCUAUGCGUCAUAAGAACAACAUCCUACUGUUCGCUAUCUGCGUCAGUAAUGUUUUCGCCACGGUCUUCGCGGCCAUGCAAUAUCCGGCCAUGAAGGGCUUCUGCGAAUCCAUGCCGAAAGAGCGGACUAUGUAUGACAUACCGCUCGUUGAUAUCGAAAGAAACAUAUGGCCGCAAAUCCGAGGCCCUCAACUCGCUGUUGCUAUCCUUGUUGGGCUUUGUACCCUCGGAAUCUGGGGACUGGCCUUCCAAUUGCAUAAACAGUAUGCCUGGUCCAUCUACCGAAGUGUGCAGGGUGAUUCACGUAUAAGAGCCCGAUAUCUCGCAUAUGAAGUUUAUGUGGUUUUCGUCAAAUUAGGCGCAUUCUUCGUCGUCUGCUUCGUUCUGCAUUAUGGCUUGAUUGAUGUCCACUUCAUCGAGCCCGAAUUUGGCUUAACCAUGUCAAUUCCACCAGCCCUAACUGUCGUAAUAGUCUUAGGGGUAUACAUUAUCCGCAGGGAGCAUAAACCGCUAAUGAUAUUAGUCAUUAUCUGCCAUUUGGCCAUAGUCGCAUACCUUAUUUCCCGGCUCGUUGUACUUUUUGGGAACGGUCAUCUUUCCAGAACUCCUACAAAGGAUAUGACGCUGCUUUUCGCAUUUGCGUCCUUGAUCUUGACCUGUCUCUCUCUUGCAUGUGGGAUCAAGUGCUUCCUGAACUUUGGGCAUGGACUGAAGUUUAUUCUGGCUGGCAAACCUCAUUCGGUUCGGGCGUCUUAUGACUUCCACACCGUCUCUAGACACACUCCUGUGCCGGAUGAUACCUCAUAUCGCCGGUUGUCUCUUGCUUAG